ACCCAUAUAGCAGAAGCCACAGAGCAGAUUCCCGACUCUCCCAUCUCGUUCCCCCAUCCUCUUCAUCUUCUGCUUUCUCUCUCUAAAGUCUGAAACUUCUCCUUCUUUCUCCAUGGAUUCUUCUUCAACCCAAAGCUCCCCAAUAGAACAGUGCUCCCUCUCCCAUCCAAACAGUCCCACCAGCAGCGGAAGCAGCGGCGGCACACGAAAAGUCAGCAGAGGCAAAGGCGGUCCGGACAACUCCAAGUUCCGCUACCGCGGCGUUCGGCAACGCAGUUGGGGAAAGUGGGUUGCGGAGAUCCGAGAGCCCAGAAAGCGAACGCGAAAAUGGCUCGGAACUUUCUCCACCGCAGAAGAAGCCGCACGCGCUUACGACCGCGCCGCUCUCAUCCUCUACGGCCACCGCGCUCAGCUCAAUCUCCAACCCUCCGGUUGCGGUAACUCUACAGCCGGUUCCCAUACCCGCAACUCCUCCUCUGCUUCUUCUUCUACCUCUUCGUCUACCACUACUCUUCGUCCUCUUCUCCCUCGGCCAUCCGGUUUCCCUCUCCCCAUUCUCCCAUACACUUACCCCAGUGUUCCGUACACAUAUCCCACACAAGUGGUACCCACGGCGGCCAUGAAUCUACCGGCUGGAUCUGAGGAAAUGAACAGUCUUGUGGGUUCGAUGAGCUCUGGGCUAUCUAUAUCAUGUCCCCCGCAAGGUUCGUCGGAAGUUGGUUUGGCGGCUGCGGGGAUGGAGAAUAUUCCGGCGACGCCUUCGAUGGGAGGGGGGGGGGGGUUAUGAAGAUUAUUCUAUGGCAAGUGCUUGUUUUUGGGAUGAUUCUAAUCCUUCCUUGUUCGAUUUAUGAGUUGGGGGUUUUGAUCUGAAGAUAUAUAUGAACAUGCACGGUUAUUUUAUGAUGGGAU